AUGUCAUCAGAAUCGCCAUCACAUGAGCCAAUCCAUAGUGGUCAUUUUAUGACUUCUAAUCCACAUAGCGAUGAAAUGUUACCCGAUGAGGAAGUUGUUGGAGUUGUAGUUGAGGAUGAUGUCGUUGAGCAAGAUGCCGAGCAAAAAGGUCAAGAUUUAUGCGAUUUGAAUGUUCAAGAUGAAAAGCCGGUUACUUUUUACAAAUUUGGCCCAAAAAGGACGCAAUCAAUAGCAAUUGAUGUAUCUUUAAAUAAAUUGAACAAAUGCAUCAAAGUGGCUUAUAAUAAAAUGACGACACCAAAGUGGAAAGAUUUCAAAGGAUUACGAUUACAUUGGAAACAACGAAUACGUCUAAAUAAUGUUAUCUGGCGAGCAUACUAUAUGGAAUUUCGGCGACCUGAUAAGGAUAAAUCAAGAAGAACACCAUACUGUUAUUUUACUGUACCAGAUGAUGAUUCAACACAUGUUAAAUUUACGGGUACUGUUGUGGAAGGAAUGUACUGGAAGAGAAGUAUGGAUGCGUUGAAAGCUCAGUAUAAACGAUGGCGUCAUUCGAGAACACGAAGAAGAGGACGACGAAGGGGUAUCAGUUGGAAUCAGGAGAUCAGUUCUGUUCCACAAUUAGCUGUACAAAAUUCAAUGAUAAAAAAUUCUUCUGCUGAGCAACCAGAUACGGAUGAUUUAGAUAAUGAAUUUACGGAUACACUUUUUGCUAACCUUAUGCAACCAUAUACAUUUCCAGAUCCAAAAGAAAUAACACAAGGAUGUAAUGCUGAUGUGAUGCAACCCGGACUGCUAUCAUUACAACCAAGUAUCGAAGAAAUAAUGGCAUCUCUUGAUCCACCAGAUCAAUUGCUGGAUGAAAUUGGAAAUUAUGGUGCUUCAAAUGUUUCACCAACUUCACCUUGUACACCAAAAGAAUAUGAAGCAACUUUUAGUAAUAAUUUUACAAAUCCAACUCAGCAACAACAACAACAACAACAACAGCAACAGCAACAACCAACAAGACAGUCAUCUAGUAUAUCGCCACAAAUUCUUCUUGCUAAUUCUUCUGCGCCAACAUAUUCACAGGCAGCAUAUGAUCAUACACCUUUAAUUGCUACAAUGCCUUAUACAACUGAUUCAUCAAAUUUGGAUUAUGUACCACAAUUUCUUACAACCACAAUGCAAUUUCCUUCAUCAGUUCUACCAAAUAGGACAUGGUGGAUGAAUUUUCCAUCUACUCCAACUCCAUCUUUGCUAAAUAGUCCUUCAACUCCAUCUAUUGUUCUUAGUCCAUCUAGCUCAAGUACUACUGGAGUAUUAUCUUUAUCGGUUAAUAGUCCAACAACUAUUUCAACUGUUGAAACACAUCUUAUCAAUACUUCAAGUAAAAAUUCAAUAAAAAUUUUUCCUGCUCCAACUGAUACAUUGAAACUUGAAACCGAAAGAUGGAAUAAUACCGUGUUAAGCUCUUUAUCACGUGAAAUUACAACUGACUCAACAGAACAUGGAGCUUGGAAGCAGUUACCAUCAACCGCAAAUACGGCUAGCCAAAAUUCACUUCUGAUACCACAACCUGUUUAUCCUCAACAAAAUAGUCAAAUAAUACCAAAAGUGACAGAAUCAUCAUCACAUGAGCAAAGUACUCUUCUUUCUGCUAGUACAGCAUCAAUUAAACAAGAACAUGAGAAAGAGGAGCGAAUUCAUCGUGUUCAAAAGCGUGGCUGUAGGAGUGUUGCAGCAGAUAGUACGAUUGAACCGGUAGAAAGGAAACGUAUAUUGCAUUUAAAUGCUGAACAAAAUAGACGUUGUGCAUUGAAAGAUGGAUUCGAACAAUUGUUAAAUUCCUUACCAAAUUUGUAUGGUUGUGGUACAAAACCAACAAAUGCGAUUGUUUUAACACGCGCAGCUGAACGUAUUCGACAACUGAAAGCUGAAAUUGCGCUUAAUGAAGAAAAAACGAAACAACUGAAGCAGAGCAUACAACGAUUAAAUGAUAAAAUUGUAUCACUCCAAGCCUCUUUACCGUCAUCAUCACGAACUGCUGUAAGUACGAUCAGUCAGAAAGCUGAGAUGGAACAGUUUUUGGAAAGAUAUACAAAAGAAAGAACACGUCAAGAUUACCGUUUUUGGGUUAUGGCCAAAAUGAUGCAACCAUUAACGGAGACACUGAUCGAAAGACUUAGUCAGUUACCGUCGAAUAGAGCCUUGGCUGAAACAAGUGACUGGUUGCAGACAAAUUUCCAAUUGUCCACUGUAAGAGCUAAUGCUUCGUCGCUGUUAGUAUAUUUGGCGACACACGCCGGUAUGUUGAACGAUCCGAAUGCAUUGCAGGAAUGCAUUCAAAGAGAAUUGUCGCAAUAG